AUGGGGAAGCCAUGUAAGAAAAAGACACUCAAAGGAAGAAAUGGCAGAAAGUCGAAAUCUCCUCCUAAAGUGCCGAUCGUGAUUCAGGACGACAGCCUUCCCGCAGGUCCCUCCCCGCAGAUCCGCAUCUUGAAGCGGCCGACGACCAACGGCGUCCUCAGCAACCCCCACUCCGCCAGCCGGCCGGCCUUCCCCGUCAAAUCCUUGGCGCAGAGGGAGGCGGAAUACGCGGAAGCCAGGAAACGAAUAUUGGGCAGCGCGAGCCCCGAGGAAGAGCAGGAGAAACCCAUUCUCGACAGGCCGCCCAGGAUCUCCCAGCCCGAAGACACCCGACAGCCCAACAAUGUGAUCCGACAGCCCCUGGGUCCCGAUGGCUCACAAGGCUUCAAGCAGCGCAGAUAA